UUUAAGCUAUCAUCAGCAUGAAAGUAGUAUAACUCUUUCUUCUCUGGCACGAGAGAGUUCUUGAUUAGCUUAAGCUCCUUCUUCUUCUUCUUCUUCUUGAUCUGCUCCGUUCAGCUUAAAGCUCGAGGAUCCCAAGUACGAGAGUGAUGACGUCAGGGACGAGGAUGCCGACGUGGAGGGAGAGAGAAAACAACAAGAGGAGAGAGAGACGGAGGAGGGCCAUCGCAGCUAAGAUCUUCACGGGUUUGAGAAUGUACGGGAACUACGAGCUUCCUAAGCAUUGUGACAACAACGAAGUGCUUAAAGCACUUUGCAACGAGGCUGGUUGGAUCGUCGAACAAGAUGGCACUACUUACCGCAAGGGAAGUAGUAGACCAGUAGAGCGUAUGGAGAUAGGUGUUGGUUCAGCAACCACGAGUCCAUGCGCUUCUUACAAUCCUAGUCCUGUCUCCUCCAACUUCAUGAGCCCUUCUUACGCUAAUCUCACCUCUGGAGAUGGUCAAUCACUCAUCCCAUGGCUAAAACACCUCUCAACAACGUCAUCCUCAUCAGCUUCUUCAUCAUCAAGACUCCCUAGUUUCAUGUACCUUCCUGGAGGCUCUAUAAGCGCUCCUGUAACCCCUCCUUUAAGCUCCCCAACAGCUCGUGGAAUGAACCAAAUCAACAACUCUUUCUUUGUAUCCUCAACACCGCCUAGUCCCACUAGGCAGCAGACCGUACCUGGCUCUGAAUGGUUCGCUGGGAUUCAACUCGCGCAAAGCGUUCCUGCUUCACCAACGUUUAGUCUCGUCUCACGAAACCCUUUUGGGUUUAGAGAAGAUCAACUAGCGUCUGCUGGUGGAGGUGGUGGGUCGAGAAUGUGGACGCCAGGUCAAAGCGGGACUUGCUCACCGGCUAUUCCUCAGACAGGAGAUGUUCCAAUGUCUGAAGCUGUGGCUCCUCCAGAGUUUGCGUUUGGGAGUAACGCAAACGGGUUAGUUAAAGCUUGGGAAGGAGAGAGGAUACAUGAAGAGAGUGGUUCUGAUGAUCUCGAGCUCACUCUUGGAAACUCAAGCACAAGGUGUAAUUGAAAACCCGGUUCCAACCAAACCAUUUCUCAAUAUGUCGCUUCAAUAUUUAUUUUCCCAUGUAAGGCCUCAAAGUGAAAUAUUCGUUUAUUUGUAACCAUGCUAACCAACCUUAAAACCCGGUUUGGUAUGGUUCUAAUCAGAUUAUGUUCUUUACAUUUUCGGGUUUAAUGUUAACAGUUUACAGACUCUCAGAGACAACGAAUCAAAUUACAUUA